CAGAAACUGCCAGCCGAGAUCACAGGCUCUAAGGCUGAGGCAGGAGGAGGGAAGAACUGGAAGGAAAAGAGACUGGUUAGAGGGAAGGAGGCUUGGGAAGCAAACAGCAGAAAAGAAACUGCUCAUCACACUUACAGAGACUCAAAUGACGGUGGAGAUGAGGACAGAGAAAGACAAGACUAUGAAAGCCAAAAAAUAUAAAUAGAGCGAAACAGGGGGGAAAAAAAAUGCCAGGAAGAACAUCCAUCGGGAGAAAUGAAGAGAAUGAAAGUUUUAUGCUGCAGAGCCGUACUAUGCUUUUCCGGCACAAAAUUCUCUCGCUGUUUUUAAGCCCUUUUGCGUUUGCCCGCCGCUGACAUUAAGAGGCAUGUUCAGCGGUGCUAGCAGCACCUCCUUUUCCUUCUCCUCUUCCUCUUCAUCUUCCUCCUCCUUCUUUCCCUCCUCCUCCUCCUCCUCCUCCCAUCAGCAAGAAGACAAACCGAGGACAGUCUUGAAAUACCGAAAUUUCCUCCUUGGGAUUUGCCAGCGCCGCGUUGCGCCAAGACUGUCGGAAUAAAGGACGCUGACUAUUGUAUUAUUAUCUUAUUAAUUGGUCAGUGGGAAGAUUACAGAUGAGGAAAGGGGACGCCUGUCACCCUACCUGCGCUAAGAUUGAAACAUGAGGCUAAAUUGCGGAAAGCCCUAAAAUGAAGCAAAAGGAAUAAGAUUUUUAAGGACAGAAAGCCACAGGAGCCCCCCCACUUAGCUCACUUUUAUUUGUGUGUGUGUGUGUGGUUUUUUUUUUUUUUGGUGUUUUUUUUCCUUGUGGUGGGGGAGGUGAUUGGGUAGCUGGCUGGCUGCGGGAAGCUGCUUCCUUUCCCUUUGGAGAUGAUUGUGCUAUUAUUCUUUGCCUUGCUCUGGAUGGUAGAAGGAGUCUUUUCUCAGCUUCACUACACGGUGCAGGAGGAGCAGGAACAUGGCACGUUCGUGGGGAAUAUUGCUGAAGAUCUGGGCUUGGACAUUACAAAACUUUCGGCUCGCAGGUUUCAAACGGUGCCCAACUCGCGGACCCCAUACUUGGACCUCAACCUGGAGACCGGAGUGCUGUACGUGAACGAGAAGAUCGACCGCGAGCAAAUCUGCAAGCAGAGCCCCUCCUGCGUCCUGCACCUGGAGGUCUUCCUGGAGAACCCCUUGGAGCUGUUCAGGGUAGAGAUCGAGGUGCUGGAUAUCAACGACAACCCCCCUUCCUUCCCGGAGCCGGACCUGACGGUGGAGAUCUCUGAGAGCGCCACGCCGGGCACCCGCUUUCCCUUGGAGAGCGCAUUCGACCCAGACGUGGGAACCAACUCCUUGCGCGACUACGAGAUCACCCCUAACAGCUACUUCUCCCUGGACGUGCAGACCCAAGGGGAUGGAAACCGAUUCGCCGAGCUGGUGCUGGAGAAGCCGCUGGACCGAGAGCAGCAAGCGGUGCACCGCUACGUGCUGACCGCGGUGGACGGGGGAGGCGGGGGAGGAGGCAGUGAAGGAGCGGGAGGCGGUGGGGGAGGGGUACUGCCCCCCCAGCAGCAGCGCACCGGCACGGCCCUACUCACCAUCCGAGUGCUGGACUCCAACGACAAUGUGCCCGCCUUCGACCAACCCGUCUACACUGUGUCCCUCCCAGAGAACUCGCCGCCGGGCACGCUCGUGAUCCAGCUCAACGCCACGGACCCAGAUGAGGGCCAGAACGGCGAGGUCGUGUACUCCUUCAGCAGCCACAUCUCGCCGCGGGCGCGGGAGCUGUUCGGCCUGUCCCCACGCACCGGUCGGCUGGAGGUGAGCGGCGAGCUGGACUAUGAAGAGAGCCCGGUGUAUCAAGUGUACGUACAAGCCAAGGACCUGGGCCCCAACGCCGUGCCCGCACACUGCAAGGUGCUCGUGCGGGUGCUGGAUGCGAACGACAACGCGCCGGAGAUCAGCUUCAGCACCGUGAAGGAGGCGGUGAGCGAGGGCGCGGCGCCCGGCACAGUGGUGGCCCUGUUCAGCGUGACCGACCGCGACUCGGAGGAGAACGGGCAGGUGCAGUGCGAGCUGCUAGGGGAUGUGCCCUUCCGCCUCAAGUCUUCCUUCAAGAACUACUACACCAUCGUGACCGAGGCCCCCCUGGACCGAGAGGCGGGGGACUCCUACACGCUGACCGUGGUGGCUCGGGACCGAGGCGAGCCGGCGCUCUCCACCAGUAAAUCCAUCCAGGUGCAGGUGUCAGAUGUGAACGACAACGCCCCGCGGUUCAGCCAGCCGGUCUACGACGUGUAUGUGACCGAGAACAACGUGCCCGGCGCCUAUAUCUACGCGGUGAGCGCCACUGACCGCGACGAGGGCGCCAACGCCCAGCUCGCCUACUCGAUCCUCGAGUGCCAGAUCCAAGGCAUGAGCGUCUUCACUUACGUGUCCAUCAACUCCGAGAACGGUUACUUGUACGCCCUGCGCUCCUUCGACUACGAGCAGCUCAAGGACUUCAGCUUUCAAGUGGAGGCCCGGGACGCCGGCAGCCCCCAGGCUCUGGCCGGUAAUGCCACCGUCAACAUCCUCAUCGUGGACCAAAACGACAACGCCCCUGCCAUCGUGGCGCCUCUGCCGGGGCGCAACGGGACCCCCGCGCGCGAGGUGCUGCCCCGCUCCGCGGAGCCGGGCUACCUGCUGACUCGCGUGGCCGCGGUGGACGCCGACGACGGCGAGAACGCCCGGCUCACUUACAGCAUUGUGCGGGGCAACGAGAUGAACCUCUUUCGCAUGGACUGGCGCACCGGGGAGCUCCGCACCGCCCGCCGGGUGCCUGCCAAGCGCGACCCCCAGCGGCCUUAUGAGCUGGUGAUCGAGGUGCGCGACCACGGGCAGCCGCCGCUGUCCUCCACCGCCACCCUGGUGGUGCAGCUGGUGGAUGGCGCUGUCGAGCCCCAGGGAGGGGAGCACCAGCGCCCCAGCCGCUCAGGCGGCGGCGAGACCUCGCUGGACCUCACCCUCAUCCUCAUCAUCGCGCUGGGUUCGGUGUCCUUUAUCUUCCUGCUGGCCAUGAUCGUGCUGGCCGUGCGUUGCCAAAAAGAGAAGAAGCUCAACAUCUACACGUGUCUGGCCAGCGAUUGCUGCCUCUGCUGCUGCUGCUGUGGCGGUGGGGGUUCGACCUGCUGCGGCCGCCAAGCCCGGGCGCGCAAAAAGAAACUCAGCAAGUCGGACAUCAUGCUGGUGCAGAGCUCCAACGCACCCAGCAACCCGGCCCAAGUGCCGGUGGAGGAGUCCGGCAGCUUUGGCUCCCACCACCACAACCAGAAUUACUGCUACCAGGUCUGCCUGACCCCUGAGUCCGCCAAGACCGACUUAAUGUUCCUUAAGCCCUGCAGUCCUUCUCGGAGUACGGACACUGAGCACAACCCCUGCGGGGCCAUAGUCACCGGCUACACAGACCAGCAGCCCGACAUCAUCUCCAACGGAAGCAUUUUGUCCAACGAGACUAAACACCAGAGAGCAGAGCUCAGCUAUCUAGUUGACAGACCUCGCCGAGUUAACAGUUCUGCAUUCCAGGAAGCCGACAUAGUAAGCUCUAAGGACAGUGGUCAUGGAGACAGUGAACAGGGAGAUAGUGACCAUGAUGCCACCAACCGUGGCCAGUCAGCUGGGAUGGAUCUCUUCUCCAACUGCACUGAGGAGUGUAAAGCGCUGGGCCACUCAGAUCGGUGCUGGAUGCCUUCUUUUGUCCCCUCUGACGGACGCCAGGCUGCUGAUUAUCGCAGCAAUCUGCACGUUCCCGGCAUGGACUCUGUUCCAGACACCGAGGUGUUUGAAACGCCGGAAGCCCAGCCUGGGGCAGAGCGGUCCUUCUCCACCUUCGGCAAAGAGAAGGCCCUGCACAGCACUCUGGAGAGAAAGGAGCUGGAUGGACUGCUGUCUAAUACACGAGCGCCUUACAAACCACCAUAUUUGAAGGUGCUGUGGAGGCAACUCCAUGGUGAGAUGCAGGUGGCGAGAGAGCAAGACCCAUCAACAACAAAGAGAGUGAACUUGUAAGCAGAAUCCUGCCCACAGGUGCACCUUUAAAAGUGACCAGAUCUGCGAACUAACAGCUUGAUGGGAACUUCAAGAUUUUAGCCAGACGCACCCAGUUAGGCUGCACUAAGAGUUUUGCACCACACAAAUUAUGAGAUAAUAAAUGUUUGUAAUUUUAAGUGGUAAUGUUUGGGGGUUUGUUGUCAUGCCCAAUAGAUAAUGAAUAACUAGACGUGAGAACACUAUUGUCUUUUAUAGCAGUAUGAAUUAUUGAUUUUUCUGAUGUGAUAUUGGCCAUUUUCACAGAUGAUACAUGUAACGUGCUUUGCUUUCUAAUCUUUAGUUCUCCUUUUUCUACUUCUCCAUACCUCAUGAAAAAGUUCCCACCAUUAUCUAGGUUCAUCUCCUGUUGGCUUAAAAAAAUAAAUAUGUUGUAACCAGGCGAAAAAAAAUGUAUUAAAUUUGGUGAAUUUUAGUUGUGGGAAUUACUUCCAAUUUUUCUUCUCUGAAAGAAUUUGCUUUCCCAUGAACCCUCUGUAGGACAUAUAGCCUUUUAUAUGCAGAUUGGUAUAAUUACACUUUGAAAUAGCUUUGAAUUCCCUGUAGCUUAAACUGAGACAUGAAAGGCCAAAUGUUAUAUCUAACCAAAGGAUAUAAAAGUGCAUCUACAUCAAUCUGAAAUGAGACAUAGAAAUGAACAGCUCUUUAUACCGUGAUGUCAGUGUUUGACAGAUUAUUG